GCCUCCUCCCAGGCCCCGCCCCACCCUGCAAUAUGACUGAAGCCAACAGAGGCAGACCCCCAGGAGCACCCCCGCAUGCUCAGAACUAUGCUUCUUCCCAGGCCUCGCCAUGUCCGCGCCCCAGACACCAGAGUCAGCCCUUGAUGCGCGGGGAGACUCCUCCACAGCCACAGGGGAAGAGGAUGCUGCCGAUGGGAUCCAGCACUCCCAUCGCAUGCUUAGCUUCAGCGAUGCACUGCUGUCUAUCAUCGCCACCGUGAUGAUCCUGCCUGUGACCCACACGGAGAUCUCCCCGGAACAGCCAUUUGACAAAAGUAUACAGAAACUUCUAGCAACCAGGAUUGCCGUCUACCUGAUGACGUUUCUCAUCGUGACCGUGGCCUGGGCAGCACACACGAGAUUGUUCCAAGUUGUUGGGAAAAUAGAUGAUACGCUUGCCCUGCUCAACCUGGCCUGCAUGAUGACCAUCACCUUCCUACCAUUCACGUUUUCCUUAAUGGUGACCUUCCCGGAGGUGCCUCUGGGUAUCUUCCUAUUCUGUGUGUGUGUGAUCGCCAUCGGGGCUGUGCAGGCGCUGAUCGUGGUAUAUGCGUUCCACUUCCCCCACCUCCUGAACCCCCAGAUAGAGCGCUCCACCCACAGGGCCCUCUACCGGCAGCACGUCCUAGGCAUCAUCCUCCGAGGCCCGGCCUUAUGCUUCGCUGCGGCUGGCUUCUCCCUGUUCUUCUACCCCGCGUCGUACCUGCUGAUGGCGACGGUCGUCUUCCUCCCCUACCUCAGCAAGGCCACCAGCUGGUGCAAAAGCAGGCUUGUGGGCCCCCGGGAGCCCCCACAUCACAGCAUGGAGUUCUUCACCUUCGACCUGCACGAGCCUCUCAGCAAGGAGCGAGUGGAGGCCUUCAGUGACGGGGUCUACGCCAUCGUGGCCACGCUCCUCAUCCUGGACAUCUGCGAGGACAACGUGCCGGACGCCAAGGACGUGAAGGAGAAGUUCCACGGCAGCCUGGUGGCAGCACUGAGCGUGUACGGGCCGCAUUUCCUGGCGUACUUCGGCUCCUUUGCCACGGUGGGCCUGCUCUGGUUCGCCCACCACUCGCUCUUCCUGCACAUCCGAAAGGCCACACAGUCCAUGGGUCUGCUCAACACCCUCUCGCUGGCCUUCGUGGGCGGCCUCCCGCUGGCCUACCAGCAGACCUCGGCCUUCGCUCGGCAGCCCCGCGAUGAGCUCGAGAGUGUGCGUAUCAGCUGUGCCAUCAUCUUCUUCGCCAGCAUCUUCCAGUUUGCCAUCUGGACCACAGCUCUGCUGCACGAGAGGGAGACGCUGCAGCCCUCGGCGCGAUUCGGGGGCCAGGAGCACGCGUUCAUGUUCGCCAAGCUCGCGCUGUACCCCUGCGCCAGCCUGCUGGCCUUCACCUGUACCUGCUUCCUGAGCAGGUUCAGCACCGCCAUCUUCCACCUCAUGCAGAUCGCCGUGCCCUUCGCCUUCCUGCUGCUGCGUCUCCUCGUGCGCCUAGCCCUGGCUGUCCUGUGGGCCCUGCGUGGCCUCCCCGUGCCAGAGCUUGGGGCUGAGGAUGACUCUCGGUCCCCGCUCCUCCCUGCUCCCUGCUAGCGUGAGGUCCCUGCCCACCCCAGCCGGAGGUCACAGUGUCAGCCCGGUGGCCCGAGCUUGGGUUUUCCUUUCCUUGUGAGAUUUCAUGUUCUACUCAGUGUCCUCAGGUGGUUUUCCACUCGCAGAGGAGAGCU